GCUUGAUGGUGGUGAACAGUGCAGGGGAGUGGAGAGAGGACACACACACACCAGCUCUCUCUCACACACACGCACACACGCACACACACACACACACACACACUUGGAGGAGAAAGACGCACCAAAAGACGCACAAAGAUUCUCUUUGACUGAACGCGCCUCUUGUGCACGCAUCACGCACGGCUCUGUGUUGAUAAACAGGGAGGAAGAGGAGGAAGAGGAGGAAGAGGAGCCGGACACAAAGGGGACCAACGCUCUCCAGGUAUGGCGGCGGUGUUGCCGAGGACGCUGGGCGAGCUGCAGCUCUACCGGAUCCUGCAGCGGGCCAACCUGCUCUACUACUACGAGGCCUUCAUCCAACAGGGCGGCGACGACGUGCAGCAGCUGUGCGAGGCCGGCGAGGAGGAGUUCCUGGAGAUCAUGGCGCUGGUGGGCAUGGCGAGCAAGCCGCUGCACGUGCGGCGCCUGCAGAAGGCGCUGCGGGACUGGGUCACCAACCCGGCCAUCUUCAACCAGCCGCUCACGUCGCUGCCCGUCUGCAGCAUCCCCGUCUACAAGCUGCCCGAGGGCUCGCCGGCGCCGCAGGACCGAGCCGGUGCCGCCGGCGUCAAGAUGCCCAAAGCCGGCGGCGCCUGCUCCGACCCGGGGAAGCUGGACGUGGCGCGGGACAAAGCGGCGGCCGGGUCGCCCCUGCAGGGUGGCAGCGAGGCCCGGUUCUGGUCGGGCCACAGCAACGACAGCGAGCACAGCCUGUCGCCAUCGGACCUCGGCUCCCCGUCCUCGCCCAGGGACACGCUGGAGGCGCUGGACCUCGCCGCCGUGCAGUCGGUCCUGGAGUGCGUGGACCGGAUGGCGCCGGGCCUGCCGAAGACGGACCCGUCCGAGGUCAAAGAGCAACUGAAGAACAACAAGAAGCUGGCGAAGAUGAUCGGGCACAUCUUUGAGAUGGCCGACGACGAGCCGCGCAGGGAAGAGGAGAUCCGGAAGUACAGCGCCAUCUACGGGCGCUUCGACUCCAAGAGGAGGGACGGCAAACACCUGACUCUGCACGAGCUGACGGUGAACGAGGCGGCGGCCCAGCUCUGCAUGAGGGACACGGCACUGCUCACAAGGCGGGACGAGCUCUUCGGACUCGCUCGCCAGAUCUCCAGAGAGGUCACUUACAAGUACACGUACCGGACCAGCAAGUCUCGCUGUGGAGACGAGGCGUCCCCGAAGAGGAUCAAAACAGAGGAGAACUUCUUCGACAUCCAGGAGGCGCUGCAGGCCAUCCACAUGCGGCAGGAGAUGCUGAGGGAGCAGCUGGCCUGCGCCAAGUCGAAAGGAGAAGAAACCGUUGGGCGCAAUCUGCAGAUGCAGCUGGAGCGUCUUCUGGCUCGGCAGAUGGAGAUCCUGCAGGACGCCGCGGUCCAGGAGCGGCUGCAGGCUCUGGACUGGAGGAUCCCCCCCGCCGCCCUCAAGUACCUCAACGACGCCCAGGGAACCAACGGGGUCGCCGACGCCACCAGAGACCACCAAGACGAGCGGCCAGUCAACCUGCGCGUGGUGAGUCAGAACAUGCAGGAGGGCGACCUCCCAUUGGGCAAACAGCUAGCCAAUGAGCUGAAGCGCCACCUCAACCACAACAACAACAACAACAACAACAACAACAUCAGCAGCAGCAGCGGCGGCACAGACGAGACCAAAACACCAGCAACAGAAAACGGGACGUCGCAGCGAGCAGAGAAGAAGACCAUCAAAUCAGAGCCGGAGGACUCCACAUAGUACCCCCCCACCCCCACCCCCCACCACCCCAACCAUCCUACUCACAGUAUGCAGUCAUUACCCGUCAGUAGAUACUAAGCAAGCACAGACACAGUAGAGCCUUAACAACCAACGUUGCCUCAUGAAUAGCAUUUAUUUCUCUAUGAUUUUGUCUUUUUGUUUUAAAAGAGCAGUCGAGAAGCCCCUCGGCAGGUCUUUGUGUGGGUUAAGUGUUAGAGGUAGUACACGCUAGAAGUACAUGCUAGAGGUACAUGCUAGAAGUACAUGCUAGAGGUACACGCUAGAAGUACACGCUAGAGGUAUACGUUAGAGGUACAGUACACGCUAGAGGUACACGCUAGAAGUACAUGCUAGAGGUACACGCUAGAAGUACACGCUAGAGGUAUACGUUAGAGGUACAGUACACGCUAGAGGUACACGCUAGAAGUACAUGCUAGAGGUACACGCUAGAAGUACACGCUAGAGGUAUACGCUAUAGGUACAGUACACGCUAGAGGUACUGUACAUGCUAGAAGUACAUGCUAGAGGUACACGCUAGAGGUACAGUACACGCUAGAGGUACACGCUAGAAGUACAUGCUAGAGGUACAUGCUAGAGGUACAGUACACGCUAGAAGUACACGCUAGAGGUAUAAGCUAGAGGUACACGCUAGAGGUAUACGCUAGAGGUACAGUACACGCUAGAAGUACACGCUAGAGGUAUAAGCUAGAGGUACAGUACACGCUAGAAGUACACGCUAGAGGUAUAAGCUAGAGGUACAGUACACGCUAGAAGUACACGCUAGAGGUAUACGCUAGAGGUACAGUACACGCUAGAAGUACACACUAGAGGUAUACGCUAGAGGUACAGUACACGCUAGAAGUACACGCUAGCGGUACAGUACACGCUAGAGGUACACGCUAGAAGUACACGCUAGAGGUAUACGUUAGAGGUACAGUACACGCUAGAAGUACACGCUAGAGGUAUAAGCUAGAGGUACAGUACACGCUAGAAGUACACGCUAGAGGUAUAAGCUAGAGGUACAGUACACGCUAGAAGUACACGCUAGAGGUAUACGCUAGAGGUACAGUACACGCUAGAAGUACACGCUAGAGGUAUACGCUAGAGGUACAGUACACGCUAGAAGUACACGCUAGCGGUACAGUACACGCUAGAAGUACACGCUAGCGGUACAGUACAUGCUAGAGGUACACGCUAGAAGUACACGCUAGAGGUAUACGUUAGAGGUACAGUACACGCUAGAGGUACACGCUAGAAGUACAUGCUAGAGGUACACGCUAGAAGUACAUGCUAGAGGUACACGCUUGAGGUACUGUUUGUGUACUUGUGUUGUUAUACGUGUCCUCCAGGUUGCAGGCUGUGCUGAGUCUUCAUCGUCAUGGUAACUCUUUAUAAGACGACCGCCCUGCACCUUGAGGCUGCAGAGGAAGAGUCUGAAAGUUCAAACAGCCCAUAAAUGAAAUAUCUCGACAUCCGUUUGAUUGAUUAGCACAAAGUUUAAAUUCAGAACUAAAGACAUCAGCGCUGCACUUUAAGUCUCAUGAUAAUCAAUAUCUUAAAGGCAAAGCCACCCAAUCAAUACGCCCCUCAAGCUGAACAGUUCAUAAUGAAUCUUUGACGAUAACGGUCGACAUACAAAGAGUUACCCGACUUUAAGAUUCACGUCUGCAGUCCAGUUCACUCUCUGACUCUCUGAACACAUGGCCCCACAUGGACCCACAGGGACCCACAGGGACCCACAUGGCCCCACAUGGACCCACAGGGACCCACAGGGACCCGCAGGGACCCACAUGGCCCCGCAUGGACCCACAGAGACCCACAUGGACCCACAUGGACCCACAGGGACCCACAUGGACCCACAUGGCCCCGCAUGGACCCAAGGUGUCUGUAAGAGGGGAGGUGGAGUCCGGUUCAGCCCCUCCAGCAGGUUAGACUCUGUGGGAUCAGUCUGGUGUUUAUUCAUGGUAGGCAAAGGAAGAGGAGGAUGUACAGGAGCAGGGAGGCUCUGCCAUUGGCUCCACAGCAGAGGGGCUCUGCCAUUGGCUCCACAGCAGGGGGGCUCUGCCAUUGGCUCCACAGCAGAGGGGCUCUGCCAUUGGCUCCACAGCAGAGGGGCUCUGCCAUUGGCUCCACAGCAGGGGGGCUCUGCCAUUGGCCAGAUUAAAUACAACCGGUUUCAGAUGUGUGGUUUUUGAGGAACAGCCCUCCCCAGAGAAAGAUGAAUAAGAAGCUAACUUCCUGUGUCUGGCUGUAAAUAGACCUCAAAGGUCUGUCACUUGUAACUUUGCUGUAGUUUGGUGUCCGUGUUUCUGUGUAAAAGAAAGUGUCAUUGAGGAACUAUGAUGCUAAUGUGGAUUAGCCUUAGCUAACAGUGUUUAAUAAGCAUUGAAUAUGGUGUUUAGAGGUAGAAACAUGAAUAAGUGUUCACUGUGGUUCUGUGGUCCCAGAAGACACGCCCCCUCCUCACGCCCCGCCCCCUCUGCAGACCAAUGCAAUAUCUAUGUGAUGCGUCGGCAUAUUUAUGGUUCAUCGUUGUGUUUGAAGCGUCGUGCUCAUCAGUUCUCUGUCGUUCUGGUUCCUUGGUCUCGAGGACUCGAGGUGAGCUAGUUUGCUAAAGCUAAAGACCGGCUGGUGCAUUCUGGGAGAUGGAGGCGUGGCGGCUCCGGGCCCGGCGGUCUCGCCGAUCGGUUCUGGUAAAGUGAUAGAUUAGGCUUCACCUCGUUAUGCACAUGUUUUUUAAACACUAAUAUAUUUUAUUUGUUAUACAGCACAUGAACAUUAAACUUUAUUUUUUUGAACUCUA